UGGGGCGCAGGCGCGCAGCAGACAGACUGCCUUUACUCCCGCCCGCUCUCUGCCCGCGCCCUCUCCCCUCGGCCGCCCGGCCUGCCUCGCCCCCGCGCCGCUGUUAAUGGAAACGGCGCGGCGUUUCCGUUCCGCCCGCUGCCCCCUCCCCUCCUCCUCCUCCUCUCGCGCGGUCUCGUCUUCCCCGCGACUGCUCGCAGCUCCUCCGCUCUUCUCCUCCGCCUGCAGAUAGAGCGGGCGCGCGUGGUUGGCCUGGAAGCGUCACGGUGGUGGUAGCCUCAGCUCUCGAGGGAGGCGCGGCGCACGGCGUGCUUGCGGCCAUGCUGAGGUGCGGGGAGACGGUGGUGGCCGAGGAGGAGGAGGACGACGACGAGUACGCCAAGUUGGUCCGGAGGAUGAACCCGCCGAGAGUUGUGAUAGACAACGACUCGUGUGACAACGCAACCGUCAUCCGGGUUGAUAGGGUCAAGAAGCAUGGCAUUUUACUGGAAGCAGUUCAAGUCCUUGUCGAUCUCAACCUCGUCAUCACCAAGGCGUACAUUUCUUCGGAUGGCAACUGGUUCAUGGAUGUGUUCAAUGUGACUGAUCAGCACGGGAGUAAGCUUCAGAAUAGGGAGGUCAUUGACCAUAUUCAGAAAUGCCUGGAAUCAGAAGACUACCUCAAGUUGCCGGCGAUCGGGCCGACGGGCGGAGGUGCGCCACCAGAAGACGAGUCCACCUCUAUUGAGCUUACCGGCACCGACCGGCCUGGCCUCCUGUCCGAGGUGUGCGCCGUGCUGGCCUCCCUGAGCUGCAACAUCGUGAAGGCCGAGGUGUGGACGCACAGCAGGCGCGCCGCCGCGGUGAUCCAGAUCACCGACGAGGCCUCCGGGCUCGCCAUCCACGACGCGGCCCGGCUGUCCAAGGUGCAGGAGCUUCUCUGCAACGUGAUGCAGGGCGACGGCGCGAGCAGUAGCCGCGGCAGCACGCGCACGGGCGUGCCCUUGGGCACGGCGCGCGCGGAGAGGCGCCUGCAUAAGCUCAUGCUCGACGACGGCAGCGGCGGCGGCGGCGGCAGCGAGGAGGCUGUCAGCGGCGAGGAUCGGUGCGGCAAGGCGAGGCCCAAGGCCGGCGCCAAGGUCGUGGUGAUGGACUGCGCGGAGAGGCGGUACACGGUGGUGAUCCUGCGGUGCAGGGACCGGCCCAAGCUGCUGUUCGACACGCUGUGCGCGCUCACGGAUCUGCAGUACGUCGUGUUCCACGGCACCGUCGACGCCGAGCGGCGGAGCAGGGAGGCCUACCAAGAGUACUACGUGCGGCACGUCGACGGCCACCCGGCGCGCUCCGACGCCGAGCGGAGCCGCCUCGUCCGCUGCCUCGAGGCCGCUGUCGAGCGGCGCGCGUCCGGGGGGCUGGAGCUGGAGGUGAGGACGGAGGACAGGGUGGGGCUCCUGUCGGAGGUCACGCGCGUGUUCCGGGAGAACAGCCUCUCCAUCAUCCGCGCGGCGAUCGCGACCAGGGACGGCAGGGCGGAGGACACGUUCUACGUGUCGGACGCCUACGGCAACCCCGUCGACGGCCGGACCAUGGACGCGGUGGGCGAGCAGCUCGGGGACGCCGUGCUGCGGGUGAAGCGCCGCGGCAGCGGCAGCGACGCGCCGGCCAAGUCGGUGGCUGAGGGCGGCGCCGUGUCCGUUCUGGGCAGCCUGCUCAAGGGCUCCUUCCAGGGGCUCAGGCUCAUCAGGUCCUAUUCGUAAUUCAAGGAUUCUGAUUAGUUACACGACCCGGCAGGGCUUUGUACAAACAAAUCUGACGUAGGUUAGGGAAUAAUGAAGCAGCAGCGCGUGGCUCCUGCAUUGUACAAAGCACAGGAAGUCACAUAUCCCUUACCAGCACUACUGUGAAUUAGCAAUACAAUUCUACAGGUUAUCAGAAAUUUAGCCAUUUCAUACA